UCAGGUGAGUGUAAAUACGGUUUCUCUGAAUCAGGCUCGCAAUAAUCUUCGAUUAACUGUUUUUUACCUAAAUUUAUGAUCAAAACAAGAUCGUUUGUUUUAUUAAUAUUAUAUUUGCUCUUUUCCACUGCGAAAUUUGGAAGGUCGUAGAGUUUAUUCUGCACAUUUCGAAAAUGUGUUUACUUGUUUAGAAACGACGGAAGCGGUUUGUUUGAUAUUUCAUCAUCAUAAGAAAAACUAGAGUUGAUCAGUUUCCUCAGGGUUUCCUCAGGGUUUCCAGGUGUGAUGGCAGACACGGCCGUUCAGAUGACCACAGUCGAUGAUCAGAACAACAAUGUGUCCAGGACAAAAGUGUCCACCAGCAUGUCCUCCUCAUCGGCCAAACGAGGAGCGAUCGUGAGCUUCCACAACAUCAACUACAGUGUGAAGAUGAAGAGCGGCUCCUUGUGCAAGAGGAAGGUCACGAAGAAGAACAUCCUCGUCGAGCUCAAUGGUAUCAUGAGGCCGGGACUGAAUGCCAUAUUAGGACCAACUGGGAGUGGGAAAUCAUCGUUUCUGGACGUUCUGGCUGCUCGUAAGGAUCCUGCUGGUCUCUCUGGAGAGGUUCUUAUAGAUGGAGCUCCACAACCUCCAAACUUCAAAUGUCUGUCUGGAUAUGUAGUGCAGGAUGACGUGGUCAUGGGGACGCUGACGGUUCGUGAGAAUCUGCGUUUCUCAGCGGCUUUACGGCUCCCGAAGUCGAUCCGUCAGAGAGAAAAAGAUGAGAAGAUUGAGAGACUCAUUCAGGAGCUGGGAUUGAGCAAAGUGGCCGAUUCACGGGUGGGCACGCAGAUGAUUCGUGGCGUUUCCGGUGGAGAGAGGAAGAGGACGAGCAUCGGCAUGGAGCUGAUCUUUGAUCCACCAGUGCUUUUCCUGGAUGAACCCACCACCGGCCUGGACGCCAGUACGGCCCACUCAGUCCUCAUGCUGCUCAAGAGAAUGGCGAACAGGGGUCGCACCAUCAUCCUGUCCAUCCAUCAGCCGCGCUACUCCAUCUACCGGCUGUUCGACAGCCUCACGCUGCUGGUGGGAGGAAGACUGGUGUAUCACGGGCCGGCUCAGGACACCCUGAACUACUUCAGUCAGAUCGGAUACACCUGUGAACCUCAUAACAACCCUGCUGAUUUCUUUCUGGAUGUCAUCAAUGGAGAAUCCACCGCCGUUGCUCUCAACAAUUUAAACAACAGCGAGGAACUGGACCAUGAGCAGCUGAGUUCAUCUCUGAAGGGCAUCGAGGAUCGUUUAGUGGAGGAAUACAAGAACAGCGCCAGCUACAAAGAGACAAAAAGUGAGCUGGAGCGAAUCGUUCAGGGACAGGACUACAGCACACGACCCAAAUCCAGAACCGUCACCUACAGCACAUCCUUCUUUCACCAGUUCCACUGGGUCCUCAAGAGAACCUUCAAGAACCUCAUGCUGAACCCACAAACCUCAGUCGCUCAGGUCGUGGUGAUGAUUUUGCUGGCUCUGGUUGUUGGAGCCAUAUUUUUUGGAGUGGAGGAGAAUUCGAGUGGCAUUCAGAACAGGAUGGGCGCGCUCUUCUUCAUCACCACUAAUCAGUGCUUCAGUACUAUGUCCUCAGCCGAACUCUUCAUCAUUGAGUUUAUUGUUUUGAAACUGUUUGUGCACGAGUACAUCAGUGGCUACUACAGAGUGUCGGUGUACUUCCUGUCAAAGAUCCUGUCUGAUGUCCUGUUUCUGCGCACCAUCCCCGGCAUCAUCUUCAGCUGUGUGAUCUACUGGAUGAUCGGACUAAAGUCGACACCUGCGGCGUUCUUCAUCUUCCUGUUCUCCAUCAUUCUGGUGUCGUACACAGCCACGUCCAUGGCUCUGGCCAUUUCUGCUGAUCAGACGGUGUUGGCCAUUGCUAACAUAUUUUUGACCAUCAUCUUUAUCUUUAUGAUGAUCUUCUCAGGGCUGCUGGUGAAUCUCCCAAGUGUUGCAAACUGGUUGAACUGGUUGAAGUAUUUCAGUAUUCCUCGUUACGGUCUCGCUGCUUUGGAAAUCAAUGAGUUCACCAGCCUCACCUUCUGUGACAUGAGGAACAUAAGCAGCACUUUAGUAGAAAUCUGUUCAACAGGCGAAGAAUUUCUGGGCGAACAGGGCAUUAAUUACUCAACCUGGGGUUUGUGGCAGAAUCAUUUGGCUCUUGGAAUCAUGACCCUCAUCUUCCUCAUCAUCGCUUACCUCAAGCUGCGCUUCAUCAAGAAAUUCACCUAAACACAGUCCCACAACAUCCACCAAAUCCCAUUUCCCACUCAAACAGUCAUAAUGCAGAAGGAAAUCAUAAACACACAUCCAACAGACAUGUGAAGAACUAAAUAUACUCAGGGUUAUUGUUCUCAAAUUGUUUGCACAUGAAAGAUAUGUAUCAAAAUGAAUGUUAUUAUUUUCAAGUGUUCUUCUUUUUAUGCUCAGGCACAGUAUAGUAAAUAUAAUACAACAAUAUGGAGUCUGUUAGAGAUAUGUAUAGUUAGUUUCUCUUUUAAUGGACUUUUAGCUUGUUUUCACCAGUUCUUGUAUUCCCUUUUUGGUUUUCUGUUUGUUAUUGGUUGUCAUAUUUACUGAUAUGAUUAGUUGUUUAGUUCAGCUGUGUCUCGUUAAUUUAUCUCGUUUGUAUCAGUUCUCCUGUGUUCUUUGUCUGGUCUCACUUAUGUUGGUUUAUGCCUAUGUUCUGUUUGCCAGUGUGUUUUGGAUUAAACACUGGUAAGGACUAAACCUGUUCUAUGGUUGUUUUUCUACAAUACAGAGUCACUCCAGUUUGACAGCGU